AUGCUGAAGGGCGUGAAGCGGAAUUGGGCCAUGAUUUCGGAGGGCCCAGAGACUCAGGGCUCCUUCAACGGGGCGUCGACUUCGCUAGUGGCGCUGUACGACACGUUUUUCGCGAGACUCUUCCUGCUUGAGCCGUCGAUGCGAUCCAUGUUCGGAGAUAACAUGAUCCGACAGUCGAAGUUCCUGGUGGGGUUGGUCAACAUCAUUGUAAAAAUGGAGGACAUGCUGAAGCAGGGGCUGUCUCCUUUGUACUCUUUCGCCGACCGGAGCGUGGCCAUGGGGGCGAGGCCCGAGCACUACGAGGUCAUCGCGGAAGUGUUGCCUAUCGCUCUCGAGGCGUGUGCGGGAGAAGGGGUCUGGACCCCAGAUAUCGCCGGGGCCUGGAGAGACGUCAUGAGCUUUGCGAUACUGGCGGUUGUGGAGCGAACGGUGGAGAGCUGGGGGAGCACCCACGGCACCAGUCUCUCGGAGGUACAACUGACUGUCCAGAAGUGGUGGGCACGGUGA